GAGUUUCGCGGGCGGAACCGGCUUCCUGCCUCCAGGGGGCAGCGGCCGCGGUCCGCUCUGUACGUGGACAGCUCGGCGCCACGCCCGCGCCGCUCUUUCCGUUUCUGGGAGUGGCGGGCCGGCCAGCGGGCCGCCGGGGUCGGCGGGAGCCAUUCCGGUGUCGCUGCGCCCGCGGGGGCCGCCCGAGCCGGCCACGAUGCCUCUGGGCCUGAAGCCCACCUGCAGCGGCUGCAAGACCACGUCGUCCUCCAUGUGGAAGAAGGGCCCGCAGGGGGAGAUUCUCUGUCACCACUGCACGGGCAGGGGCGGCGCGGGCGGCGGGGGCACCGGCUCGGGGGCGGCCGGUGGGACAGGAGGCAGCGGCGGCGGAGGCGGCUUCGGCGCGGCCACCUUCGCCAGCACCUCGGCCGCCCCGCCGCAGAGCAACGGGGGCGGGGGCGGCAAGCAGAGUAAGCAAGAAAUUCACAGGAGGUCAGCUCGGCUCCGAAACACUAAGUACAAAUCUGCUCCAGCUGCUGAAAAGAAAGUUUCCACUAAAGGAAAAGGGAGAAGACAUAUUUUUAAAUUAAAAAAUCCCAUCAAAGCUCCUGAAUCGGUUUCCACCAUAAUCACUGCAGAAUCGAUCUUCUACAAGGGAGUCUAUUACCAAAUUGGAGAUGUCGUUUCUGUGAUUGACGAACAAGAUGGAAAACCCUACUAUGCUCAGAUCAGGGGUUUUAUCCAGGACCAGUAUUGUGAGAAGAGUGCAGCACUGACGUGGCUCAUUCCCACUCUCUCCAGCCCCAGGGACCAGUUUGACCCUGCAUCCUACAUCAUAGGACCAGAGGAGGAUCUUCCAAGGAAAAUGGAAUACUUGGAAUUUGUCUGUCACGCACCUUCUGAAUACUUCAAGUCACGUUCCUCACCCUUCCCCACAGUUCCCACCAGACCAGAGAAGGGCUAUAUAUGGACUCACGUUGGACCCACUCCUGCAAUAACUAUUAAGGAAACGGUUGCCAACCAUUUGUAGUUUAAAAAGUAAACCCAGAUUUCUGGUUGUCUUGUAUCUAUACUGUUACUGUGAGAUAUGCCACAUGUUUCUUUAAUGAAAUUCUUGGAUGAAAAAAUAGCCACAAAGUUUUUUGCCUACUGCCCAGUAAUCAUUAGCUUGUUUAUUGCUAGUCACUUAGAAUACUAAGAGAUUGAAAAUAAUUAAAUAUAUUUUGAAGUGAAGAAUUAAAUCCUGUGUGUGUAGCCUCCGAGGCAAAGACUAACUUCCAGGAAGGCCACUUUAGGAAAAGGUUGUAUCUAUUUUUCUCCAUAAUUUAUUUCUAGAAACUCAUAAAAUGGAUUAUAUUUUUCUACAAGAAUAAAAUAUUAAUUAAGGUUUGGAUUUCUAACCAAGGGUGGAAUCGAAUCAAAUGUAGCUAUGAUCCACAGUCUCCAUCACCAAGUUGAAAAAGCUUUAUUUUAUCAUCUGGAAAAUGUUAUGACAGACUGUUGGCUUCUUUAACCUUAAGGAAAGUGAUUGGUGGCUAAUUUUAUUAGCCCAGGCUUCUAGAAACUUUCAUCUAAUUCUUCUGUAGUAAACAAGUGUUCAGAAUCAUUUUGAUGGAUUUUGUGUGUGUGUGUGUAUGUGUGUGUCUUUUUGCUAUUUCUUGGGCCGCUCCCGUGGCAUAUGGAGGUUCCCAGGCUAGGGGUCCAAUUGGAGCUGUAGCUCACUGGCCUGCGCCGCAGCCACAGCAACAUGGGAUCUGAGCCACGUCUGCAACCCACACCACAGCUCCUGGCAACGCCAGAUCCCCAGCCCACUGAGCAAGGGCAGGGAUUGAACCCUCAACCUCAUGGUUCCUAGUCGGAUUUGUUAACCACUGAGCCACGACAGGAAUUCCUUGAUGGAUCUUAGUAGCGCUUCCCUUCACUAGCCUCACUUCUCAAUCAGAGCAAAGCUUCCAGUCAAAACAUGAAGUUGUAGGAGUUCCCAUUCUGGUGCAGCACUAAGAAACCCAGCUAGUAUCCAUGAGGAUGCAGGUUCGAUCCCUGGCCUUGCUCAAUGGGUUAAGAAUCUAGCAUUGCUGUGAGCUGUGGUGUAGGUUGCAAACCCAGCUCAGAUCCUGCAUUGCUGUGGCUGUGGUGUAGGCCGGCAGCUGCAGCUCCCAAUUCAACCCCUAGCCUGGAAAUUUACAUAUGCUGUGGGUGCAGCCCUAAUAAGACAUAAAAAAAAAUAUAUAUUAAGUUUUAUAGUGCAGUCAACUUGCCUAAAAACACGCAGGAAACAUACUAUUUAGACAUCCCAGAGCAGUAGUUUCUUGCCACCAUUAGAGUAAACAUUGGGCAGUUAUAGCAAUGAUUAAUUGACAUAGAUAUCUAAAAACGUCCACCCCCAGGAAUUCCCCCUAUGGCACACUAGGUUCAGUAUCCAGGGUUGUCUCUGGUGGCAUGGGUUCGAUCCCCAGCCCUGUGCAGUGGGUUAAGGAUCUGGCGUUGCCACAGUUGUGACAUAGGUUGCACCUGUGUCUCCAUUUGAUCCCUGGCCCAGGAACCUUCACAUGCUGUGGGUGCAGCCAAAAAGAAAAAAAAAGGUCCACCCAAAGUUAAAACUAUAUGCUGCAGCCUCAUAAUACCAGGCGUAAAACAAUGUCUUGGUCUUAGAAGGCCAGGCCCAGGUUUUCUAUUCACUAUUCAGCUUUUACUUCAAGUGUAGCUCAGCUAAGUAAGGGAGCAACAACUUAAAAGCGGGAGGUAGUGGUGACUGCUCACACCUGCCUCUUCUCUUGUCCUGAUUUCACCGUGUUUUCUCAACCCCAGGAAAAUGUGUCAGGAUCUAAUGGAAUCAUAAUGAUUUUGAGUUGUAGCAGUUUUAACUGUUACCAUUUUUCUACACAGUUACAAUUUGUAUGUUGGAGGGAAGUUACUGUUUGUAUUUGUGGACAGAUAAGGUCUUUGUACAUAAUUGUCUCUGUCUUAACAGAAGUUAUAGGUAAGUUGAUUGUAAAUACCAUUGUAAAUAACUAAAUGCUAAUAUUCAAACUUUGGGAUUAAAACAUAUAUUUCACAAUGUA